UGGCCGGAGCCGCAGAGCGCGGCGGCGGGAGGAGUCGGGAGCGCCGGCCACGCACGGCCUCGAGCUGCUCCCCGUGGGCAGGCGCGGCAAGCUCAGGAGCGGCCACAGCGGCGGGCACGGCGACGCGGCUGCCGCAGAGCGCGCCCUCCCCGCGGAGCCCCCCAGCCUGCCCCUGCCCGCUCCGCGGCCGAGCCGCGAGCCCCCCGGAGCUCCGAACUCCCGAGCCCCUGAGCUCCUGGCACCCCGAGCCCCCAGCCUCCGGAGCCCGCCAUGGGGAAGCUGGCGAGGAAAGGCUGCGAAUGCAGACGCUUCCUGAGGAACAACUGGCUGCUGCUGUCCACAGUGGCCGCGGUGGUGCUAGGGAUCACCGUUGGAGUCUUGGUUCGAGAAUAUAGCAAGCUGUCUACUCUGGAUAAAUUCUACUUUGCCUUUCCUGGAGAAAUUUUAAUGAGGAUGCUGAAACUCAUCAUUUUGCCAUUAAUUAUAUCCAGCAUGAUUACAGGUGUUGCCGCACUGGAUUCCAAUGUGUCUGGAAAAAUUGGUCUGCGUGCUGUCGUGUAUUAUUUCUGUACCACUGCCAUUGCUGUGAUUCUAGGUAUUGUGCUGGUGGUGAGCAUCAAGCCCGGUGUCACCCAGAAAGUGUCUGACAUUGACAGAACUGGGAUCAGCCCUGAAGUCAGCACAGUGGAUGCCAUGUUAGACCUGGUCAGGAACAUGUUCCCUGAGAACCUUGUUCAAGCCUGUUUUCAGCAGUACAAAACCAAGCGUGAAGAAGUGGUGCCUCCCAAUGAACCAGAGGCAAAUACAACAGAAGCACCAGUCACUACCAUUAUGACAACUGCUAUUUCUAAGAACCAAACAAAGGAAUAUAAAAUUGUAGGCAUGUAUUCAGAUGGCAUAAAUGUGCUGGGCCUGAUCAUCUUCUGCCUCGUCUUUGGACUUGUGAUUGGAAAGAUGGGGGAAAAGGGGCAGAUUCUGGUGGAUUUCUUCAGUGCUCUAAGUGAUGCAACCAUGCAGAUCGUCCAGAUUAUCAUGUGCUACAUGCCACUGGGCAUCUUGUUCCUGAUCGCUGGGAAGAUCAUCGAAGUGGAAGACUGGGAGAUAUUCCGCAAGCUGGGCCUCUACAUGGCCACCGUCAUGAGUGGGCUUGCCAUCCAUUCCCUUAUAGUUCUCCCUCUGAUAUUUUUCAUAAUCGUGCGAAAGAACCCUUUCCAGUUCGCCAUGGGGAUGGCCCAGGCUCUGCUGACAGCUCUCAUGAUCUCCUCCAGCUCUGCGACACUGCCUGUCACUUUCCAAUGCGCUGAGGAGAAGAACCGAGUGGACAAGAGGAUCACGAGGUUCGUGCUUCCGGUGGGUGCCACCAUCAACAUGGACGGGACAGCCCUCUAUGAGGCAGUGGCAGCCAUAUUCAUCGCACAGCUAAAUGACCUGGACCUGAGCAUUGGGCAGAUCAUCACUAUCAGUGUCACAGCCACAGCUGCCAGCAUCGGAGCUGCAGGUGUGCCUCAAGCCGGCCUCGUGACCAUGGUGAUCGUGCUGAGUGCCGUGGGCCUGCCAGCGGAAGAUGUCACCCUCAUCAUCGCCGUUGACUGGUUCCUGGACCGUUUCCGGACCAUGGUGAACGUCCUCGGGGAUGCCUUCGGGACAGGCAUUGUGGAGAAGCUGUCCAAGAAGGAGCUGGAACAGAUGGAUGUCUCCUCUGAGGUCAACAUCGUGAACCCCUUUGCAUUAGACUCCUCCAUGCUCGACAAUGAGGACUCAGACACCAGGAAGUCCUAUGUUAAUGGUGGCUUUGCGAUAGACAAGUCUGACACUGUCUCCUUCACUCAGACCUCUCAGUUCUAGAGCCCCCAGCUUCCAAGCACUGGGAGCGAAGGUGGCAUUGCCAUGGUAGGAAACCCAAACCACAAUCAUGGAAAAGAGGAACCAUGUGGGCCGAGCCUGCAUCUGACACACGGGACUCCAGGCUGUUUCCAACAUGUGGACUCAGCUCUGGCUUUCUGGGUUCUGGGAUUUGAGGGUGGGCUAAGGUGAAGCAAAACUGAUUACAAGGAAAGCUGUUUUAUCUGGAAUUUUUUAGGUCUGUAAGACCUAGGUUUUGGAAAUAUGUAAAGUAGAACUGUUGGACUUAUGCAGUAAGUGUGGAGGAAAGAGAGAGAGAGAGGGAGAGGGAGAGAGAGAGAGAGCUUUCUCAUGCAGUGUGUUUGGGAUUUAAAAAAAAAUAGAUUCUAUCACUGACAACAAAUUUCUACUCAGGCUUUCUGUUGGUGUGGGUUUCCUUCGACCUUUAAGUUUUUAUAGGUUACAGUCCAUCUCAACCACCUCCUAGUGGUAAAUGUGCCAAAUUGUCCAUCUUGAAUUAAUCUCUAGCCAGUUUCAGACAAAUUGCUUUGAAAGGAAACAGACCAGCACAGUUCUGCAAUAUGAGCCCUGGGACUUCAAGGGGGAGGAAAAAAGGUCCUUUUUUCAAUGUACUGUACUGUGACAUUGGUCACACUUAGCCCAGUGUGCCAUAUAGAGCUCAAUUAUAUAUGUGUAUAAGAAUAUAUUUAUUAUUUUCAUAUGAUUUACCAGACAGAAAUCAGAAUUGAGUUGUCAAUGUGAAAUAAAGAGCUCUCCUUGUACUUGAAUAGUAAUUAUAUUCUAGUCCAGAUCCAUUCCAUGGCUCAGCACAAUUCUUCUCUCAACAACUAGAAUAAGAAAUCAAGUUGUUGGGUUGCUUCACAUUUGCGUGUCAAGCCCCAACCAGAGAUGUAUUAGGUUAAUACUCUGAGGCUACACUGCCAUUCACUUACAACUUUUAGAUUCUACCCCUGGAGAUCUGAGGGAGAUAUUAUAGUAGUUAUACAAAAGACCGUCAUGCCUGAAAGCUCCUAGGUCCCAAGUUCAGUCCCCAGCACCACCAUAAGCCAGAGCUGAGCAGUGCUCUGGUAAAUAAAUAAAACAAAAAAAUACACACAAAAGAAGGAAAAUUCACAUUCUGUCCCUGGUAGGGGGACAUUAAUUGAAUGGUUUUUAUCCAACUCCAGGCUUCAUUCUUGCAAAGAUAAUUAUACCUACUCUUAGAAAAAUGAUGCUUUUUUUUUUUUUUGCCCUGUUGUACCUACUAGGGUCCAGAUAACAGUGGCAAGCUGCCAGCUAAGACAUUUUAAUGUAGAUUUGAUGGGCUGAACAAGCUACAUUAACCAGAAAAGCACUGAAUACUUAGGAGUAAAUCCCUAACAUGAGACAUUGAGACAGCGGUUCAGGGAAGUUCUCCCAUGCUUUGACACUGAUCUCCUCCAGGAAGGGUUUGUCCAAACUAACUGGUAAUCUAGUCCUCUGGAUCCUGCUCAUUAAAUCCUUAACUUGGGAUCUUUCUGGCAAUUUAUGAAGAUAGCUCAUUUGAGGACUUCAGUGCCCACAUUGUAAAUAGUACUUAACAGGGCCUUUUAUUUGCACCAGGAUCCAGAAUGGCUGUGUCCCUGCACUCCUGACUAGCCAACGGCAACCUGUGCUUUUAUAUUUAAGAAACCAGAAACUGCCAAAGAUCAUGGAAAAGUAAAUACGUGCUCAGUAUUGGUCAACUGAACCUGCAGUGAGUGAGAGAAUGAUGGCAUAUUGUCGUGUACAUGUUCUAAGCAUGGACCAGUGAUCGCAUAUGAGUUUAGAGGAUGUCAGUCUAAAUCGAGAUGCAGUUGAAUGGGUCGUUUAUCUUGAGCUAAAGGGUUCUACACCCUUGGCACGGUGCUCUGAUCGCAGACACCGGGCUUGACAGAAACUGUUCAUGAACUGCAGGUCAGCCCCAUUUUGUAACCAGCCUCUUAACACGCUCUUCUGUUAACUUCUAAAAGAGAACAACAUCCCAUUUCAGUCUCAAUAAAUAUUUCCAUCAUUC